GUUUCUGUCUUUUUAGAGCAAGCAACAAAUCUCAAUAUGCCUGAGCCUGCGAAAUCUGCUCCAGCGCCUAAGAAAGGGUCUAAAAAAGCUGUUACUAAGACUCAGAAGAAAGGCGAUAAGAAGCGUAGAAAGACAAGAAAGGAAAGUUAUUCUAUCUACGUAUAUAAAGUACUGAAGCAAGUUCACCCAGACACUGGUAUUUCUUCUAAGGCUAUGGGUAUUAUGAACUCGUUUGUGAACGACAUUUUUGAGCGUAUCGCAGGGGAGGCGUCUCGUCUGGCCCAUUACAACAAGCGCUCGACCAUCACUUCCAGAGAGAUUCAAACAGCUGUAAGACUGCUGCUGCCGGGCGAGUUAGCCAAACACGCGGUGUCUGAGGGCACUAAGGCUGUUACCAAGUACACCAGCUCUAAGUAGAUUCUAUCAAGGAACACAAAACCCAAAGGCUCUUUUAAGAGCCACCCACGUUUUCAAUAACAGAGCUCAAAACACUUGUUUUCCCUGUUUAGGGUAAGUGUGAUUGUUCUCCAGAGAAAACACGUUUUAAAAGUCUAAAUCAAAUCUUUUGUUAGUAGGAAAUGUACACUAAACAUUUAAAUUUCAAUCGUUUGCGAAGUCUAAAAUCUUUAUUUUGAUCAAAGUUUCUCGCCUCAACUCUUAAACAUAUAUGCUUGGAAGCAUUCGAAUAAAACAUGAGUAUGUCAGUUUGCAUGCUUUAUAUUCAAAGCACCUUGUUGGGUUUUUACUUAAAUAAUUCCUGGUUGAGUUCAUGUAUGCAUCUUGGUUUUCGGGAAAGUAAAACACUAACAGGAGAGUAUUACUAUAAAAUUCAAUUUCUAUUAAAUCCGUAAUAAAAGUAUGU